AUGGAAGCUGAGAUCCAGUCCCAAAUCCCUAACAUCGACCAUGUGCUUUCGGAAUACUCCGUAGGAUAUCUGAAUCAUGCGUCCAAACUCUAUUUCUCAGAAGAUGACCCCUCUGCCCAGUCCCCACUGGCUGAAGCUCUUGAUACUGUAACCUCUCUACUUGUGUCUGCGUCAGGGAACUUUUCUGAACAGAAUGAGGCUGUCAUUCGCAAUCUGGUCGAAAGAUUCAUUGCGAGGUUAAGUGAGGCAAAUGGCAUUGAUGCUGAGCGGCGCCAGAUGCCGUUCACCGCCAAAAAACUUGAGCAAACCAUCCAAGUUAGCUCGCAGCGUAAUAUAUCGUCUACCCUAGGUCUGGCGAACGCAGGAGUCGAUCUCGAGGCUACCAACACCCGCAAGGUAGAAUCAAAGGUCGACAGGAAGAAGCUUGAAAAGGCCGAGCGGAAGAUUCGGGCGAAACAGGACAAGAAGGUUAUGAAAAAUGUCGAGUAUGAGGCAUCAAGGCUGCUAAACCAGCCCGAUCCUACCCAAUCAUAUGAGGAGUUUUUCAUGGCAGUCAACCCUUUGCAACUUGGUGCCGAUGCUCAGUCAAAAAGCAAAGACAUCAAGGUCGAUGGGAUCGAUGUGUCCAUCGGCGGGAAACGCAUUUUGACUGACACGUCAUUGACACUGGCAUACGGACGGAGGUACGGCCUGGUCGGUCAGAACGGCAUCGGUAAAUCCACGCUUCUGCGUGCCCUGAGUCGGCGUGAAGUCGCCAUUCCAACCCACAUAUCUAUCCUGCACGUCGAGCAGGAGAUCACUGGAGAUGAUACCCCGGCCCUACAGGCCGUUCUUGACGCCGAUGUCUGGCGGAAACACUUACUAGCCGAGCAAGAAAAAAUAUCGAAGCAGCUUGCGGCACUUGAGGCCGAGCGGUCAAAGCUGGCUGAUACCUCAAAGGAUGCUGGACGUCUGGACAAGGAAAAGGAUGGCCUGGACACUACACUGGGUGACAUUCAGGCCAAAUUGGCCGAGAUGGAAUCAGACAAGGCCGAGAGCAGAGCCGCCAGCAUUCUUGCAGGCUUAGGGUUUUCGCCGGAACGCCAACAAUUUGCGACCAAGACAUUCUCAGGCGGUUGGCGGAUGAGGCUCGCCCUCGCACGCGCACUGUUCUGUGAGCCCGAUUUGCUGCUGCUUGACGAACCCUCCAACAUGUUGGACGUCCCAUCGAUCACGUUCUUGUCGAACUAUCUGCAAACAUAUCCAAGCACCGUCUUGGUGGUCUCACACGACCGUGCCUUUUUGAACGAAGUAGCGACCGAUAUUAUUCACCAACAUUCAGAGAGACUCGAUUACUACAAGGGGGCCAACUUUGAUUCUUUCUAUGCCACCAAAGAGGAACGGAGAAAGAACGCCAAGCGCGAAUACGAGAAUCAGAUGGCGCAACGGGCACACCUACAAGCAUUCAUCGACAAAUUCCGAUAUAACGCUGCCAAGUCGUCCGAGGCACAGUCUCGUAUCAAGAAACUCGAGCGGAUGCCAGUUCUGGAGCCUCCUGAGGCCGAGUAUACGGUGCACUUCCGGUUCCCGGAUGUGGAGAAGCUUUCGCCGCCAAUUAUCCAAAUGUCAAAUGUCACUUUCGGCUAUACCAAGGACAAGCCGCUGCUUCAUUCAGUGGAUUUGGACGUUCAACUCGACUCCCGAAUCGGGAUCGUGGGUCCCAACGGCGCAGGUAAAACCACUGUUCUGAAGUUGUUGAUUGGACAGCUGCAACCCACCUCUGGGUUGAUAUCCCAGAAUCCUCGUCUUCGUGUCGGAUACUUUGCGCAGCACCACGUUGAUGCCUUGGACAUGAACACGUCUGCCGUCGGAUUCAUGCAGAAGACCUACCCCGGCAAGACGGACGAAGAGUAUCGGCGACAUCUAGGAGCCUUUGGGAUUACAGGGAUGACGGGGUUGCAGAAACUUGAACUGUUGUCCGGAGGCCAGAAAUCCCGCGUCGCAUUUGCUUGUUUGUCCUUGACCAACCCGCAUAUCCUGGUGCUGGACGAACCGUCAAACCACCUGGACAUCGAGGCGAUGGAUGCUCUUUCCGUAGCGCUGCAGCAGUUCCAGGGCGGUGUGCUGAUGGUUAGCCAUGAUGUGACGAUGCUUCAGAAUGUCUGCACCAGUCUGUGGGUCUGUGACAAGGGCACCGUCGAGAAGUUCCCCGGAGACAUCACGGCGUACAAGAAAAAGAUCAGUGCGCAAGCGAAUGAGGCAGGUGUUGUUCAAGCACACUGA